CAACGUCGUGUUUUUCCGUGGUUACCUCUGUAUCCAUGACCAGCCAUGACCUCCCAGAUUCAUCAGAAUUAUUCCACCGAGGUGGAGGCUGCUGUCAACCGCCUGGUCAACUUGCAUUUGCAGGCCUCCUACACCUACCUCUCUCUGGGCUACUAUUUCGAUCGCGACGAUGUGGCUCUGGAGGGCGUGGGCCAUUUCUUCUGCGAGUUGGCAGAGGAGAAGCGUGAGGGCGCCCAGCGCCUCCUGAAGAUGCAGAACCAGCGCGGCGGCCGCGCGCUGUUCCAGGAUGUGCAGAAACCUUCUCAGGAUGAGUGGGGUAAAACCGUGGAGGCCAUGGAAGCCGCCCUGGCCCUGGAGAAGAACCUAAACCAAGCCAUUUUGGAUCUUCAUGCCAUGGGUUCUGCUUGCACAGACUCCCAUCUCUGUGACUUCCUGGAGAACCAUUUCCUGGAUGAAGAGGUGAAGCUCAUCAAGAAGAUGGGCGACCACUUAACCAACCUCCACAGGCUGGCGGCCCCUCAGGCAGGAAUAGGCGAGUAUCUCUUCGAACGACUCACCCUCAAGCACGACUAGAAAACACGAGAGUCCAGCAGCCUUUGAGGGCCAUCUCUGCCUUGCCAGAUAUCAGGGUUUCCGCCCGAGCUUCUGCCUCUAGCCAUUGGGAAACUUCCUA